UUUGCCCCAGCCAGCUUUCCUGGAAGUUCAGAAUCGAGAUGACGCGCGGAUGCAACUCAGAGAGAAGAAGGCAGGUCAGGGGGUUGGAACGGAGCAGAAAGAAGCGCCUUUAGAGGUUUAGGCCGAUUCCUGGAGAGGGGAAAAAAACGUUAUUUCGGACGGAGGUUGUGGAAAGAGUGAAAUAACUAUAGCCCCGGUCCUCCCACCCGUGUCUCCUUUUUGAGCGAGCCUAGCCUUUGAAUCGGCACCUUUUCCCAGGAAAACAAUUUGGGAAAGGGCACCCUGAAUUUAAAAUCCCGCCUUCUGCAACUGACCCGUUGGGUUGCAUGGAGUGGCGAGCAGAAUGUGGGAUUUAAAAUUCAAGGUUUUGGAAGGCUUUGCGUUCCAGCUUAAGACUGCUGGCAGAGUCUGCACGGGGAGGGGGGGCGCAGAGGGGCUCCAGAGGUUGGCUGGAGCCCCAAUCUCAGCUCGGGACCCAUGCUGAACAUGACCGCUCUUUCAUUUUGCUAUUUCUCUUCUUCGGAUACUUUGAGUUAAAAAUCAUUCUUAAUUUUUUUUCCCCCCACCCUAGCUUGAGCUGUGAGCAUUGGGGGAGGGGGCUGGAAACGGACUCUUCUGGACCUCCCCCCCCCUCCCAGCUGCCCCUUAACCCUACGCUGGCUUGCCUCUGAGAAACAAGGCGUGUUGGAAGAGCCUCCUAACCACCUUGCAAGUCAUGGUGGGUCACCUGCAGUUCCAAGGUAUGGAAAACAAUAGCAAGGAAAAGAACCGGGAAAGUUUGCUGGACAGUCCGGAUUCGGGGCUGCCCCCCAGUCCGAGCCCCCCUUUCUACUCCUUGUCUCCGGGCAUAGCUGAGAACAAAGCCGUGGACAAGAAUCCCUGCGCAGAAAUACUGGAUCAUGGGCCAGGGAAAGAUGGCCAGGAAAGGAAAGUGAUUCCUUACGUUUUUCUGAACUCCUAUGCUUCUGAAAUCAGGCCCCGAAUGUACCCAGUGUUUUUCGGAGAAAGCAUAGAGGUCAACCCUGAGCCAGCACAGGAAAUCAGGUGCAAUUCGGAGAUCAAGUACAGCUCAGAGAAACAUUACCGCGACGACAUCUUCUACCACCCCAGGCCCACCAUCACCACCUACCGAGAGUCCGUCACGCUGGCCCCCAACUGCACCUGGCGCAACUACAAAUCUCAGCUUCUCUUCGAGCCUCGUCAGAAGCCCCUCCGGUUUCAGAGCACGACCAUCAUUUUUCCCAAACGGGCCAAAAACCUUUACCGGACCACCCUCAACUACCGGCUGGGCUGUGCCAAGCGGUGGUUCGCCUCCAGCGUCCAACUCGCCUUGUGCGAGGACAACGAAACCUAUCUGAUGCACCCGGAAAACUUGUCCUAGGCUUUCUGGCGGUCGGGCUAGGCUACAACCGUCCACCUACAGCAUGGGUCCACCGCUUGGAGACACGUUGACGGACGUCAUCAUCCCCUGGCUGAAGGCAUCUCAGAGACGUCAGCCGACGUGAUUGUGGGCCACCCACCAUCUUGGAAGUCUUUCGCCCUGCUUCCAAGGACCGGUUUGGGGAGAGAGCUUUAAAAGGGGGGGAAUGGAUUCGACUUCUGUCGGGAUCCAGCCUAUUUAUGUAGCACUUAAAAUGCUGUUUUAAUCCAGACGCCGCUCUUUAGUCGUUUGCUAUUUAAAACUUGCCCCCAAAGUAGGAAACGUUUUGAAGAUUUCCCUGUGGCUUUUACGAUGUUUGUUUCUUUGGCAAAGAGUAUUUAUCCAAGAAUCUCACGGCCCAUUCGAGCAAUCUAAGUGUUAAUUUCAUCUGGAGAAUAUUAUUACAAAGCCUCAAGAUCAGCCUGAUGGGUUCAGAGGCUGGAUUAACACCUUGGUGUGUUCACCACAAUGUGGAGGGAUUUUACGCAAGAAUUAUGCGUGGUUAAGCUUAGCUUUUUUGGGGAGGGGACAACAACAGUUGCCUUGGACCAAAUGUCUGUUUUUUCCCCCCCAAAGCAUUCUGUGAUAACGGUGUUUCAAAUUCAUAAUUUCAAGAGUUUGCGUCUCUAAAAUGUCUGGGAAAGUGAACGCAUGAAAACCAGAAGGAGAAAUGACUUAACAUUGCCAGCCAUUAGGUAACCAAAGAAUUGUGUGUGGGGGGGAACCCAUUUGCAUAUGCUCUGCAACCACCUCCUUGCUAUUAUAUUUCCUGCUUUUAAAGAUUGGGAUUUUGAGCGUAUUGGGGUGGCAAAAAUCCGGACCACCAGUUAGAAGCAGCAAAACGAGAGACAGACGCUUAUCUGAUCUUUACCGAGCGGCUUUCAAACAAAACAAAAAAGCUGUAGAAAAGGAGAUUAAAUCCAGACAAAUCUUUUGGGGAGGGUGAUCUGAAAGUCAGAAUGUUGGAGAAACUGUUAGCAUGAGUGAUCUUAAAAUAUUAUUGCCUUGCUGAACGAUGGCAAAUGCAGUUUCAAAUUCUUAUUUUGGGGGGCAUUGGAGACUGCAGAGAUGGAAACAGAGGAGAAAUUAGAAAGGUGUGUUGUUUGUGGAUGGUAGAUCGUUGCGUAGGGAGGCCUCAGUUUCACACAAAUGGUGGAGGAAAUCAUUACGGAUAGUCCUCCAUUUACGGCCACAAUCGGGAGCAGAAUCUCCGUUGCUAAGCAACGUUAAGUGAGUCUUUUGCUUGAUUGAUGACCUUUUUUGCCACGAUUGUUAAACGAUGCCUGCAGUUAUGUUGGUCGUUAAGCAAACCCAACCUCCCCCAUUGACUUUGCUCGUCAGAAGCCAGCUGGAAAGAUUCCCAAACAUCGAUCGCCUGACCUGGGACUCUGCAACCAUGACGGUCGUAAGUGCGAGGACCCUUUAGCAACUUGCCUUUUUAACCAUCUUGGAGCCCACGAAGGUCCUCUUGAAGAUCACCCACAAACUAAAUGACAGAAUUAUGUCUCCAUAGGGACUUAAGCUGGACCCCAAAGGAAUUUAAACCAAGCCACAGACGGGUCUUUGCAUUCAAAAUUUGCAUUCUUUUAAGAAUGUUGGAAAACACGCCGAUCCGAACAGGAGUUUUCCUAAGAUCAGAUUGCAGCUGGGUUUUUUUUGGGGGGGGGGGAUGGAAAAUAAAACCAUCCUUCAGCUGCGGCGGGUUGCUUUUUGAAAAACAAGCAGACAACAGGCUGGGAAACCCAGGCGUGGAACAUCUCCCAGGGCUUUGAAAUUCUCGGGGACGCCCUUGCAUUCCUUCCCUUCCGUUUCUCACAAGAAGCGAGCAUGCUCCAGUCCGACACCCUCCUCCAGGUGGUUUAGAUUAGCCCCCCCUCCCUCCCUGCAAAA